AUGGUCUACAGGGGACAUAGAUGGCGAAGGGCGGCACCACGCCAGACUGAAGUGCAAAAGCUCUGUGGCGAUGUGUGCAUUGGGGUUGCUUUGGGCGAGGAUGCCAAGAGGCGAUUGAGGAUCCAAUCCAGGGAGCCCGCACCACCAGCGGCCUUAGUUGUUCUUGUUGCUGUGCCCACUGUCCCAACGGAGCUAAAGAAAGCUGCCCGGAAAGCUGCCCGGUUUGACGCUGUGUUCCAUCAGGACGAUGGCCGGCUUGCAUCGCCAGCCAUCGAGAGGCCACGGCAUGGUGCGGCGGUGCGGCGAGGGCACCGCCGAGGCGAAGCUUCCAGAGCUUGCAGGCGCCCAUACCACGCAGAGGCCGGUGCGGUGCCCCAUGUGCAGGUGUUCCCUCCACACUGCACUACUGUGACAUCUAUGACUUGCUAG